AUGGUCAGGAGGGAGGAUGGACUCACAGAUCUCAUUGAAGAUGAAACUGAGAGAGCCAAUGUAGUUAGACUCUGGGAGAUGAUAUACAAGUUGGUCAUCUUGCUACUCGAUCACACCAUUGUGAUCAAGUCCUAUCAAUGGAGAGUGUGA